UAAACGCUCGCUAUGACUACACAUUUUCACAUGCCCUGCUAUCGAGUUUAUUUUCCCACCGUCCCUCGCCUUGAUGUAAUGCAAUAUGUUUACUGGAAUUUUUAUCCAACCUUCUUCUUCUUCUUCUUUCCUUUUACUUUUACUUAUCUUGGUGGUUUUCAAGAACUUUACACCAACUGCCGACUACUCAGACCAAAGACUCGGGCUUGCGGGAGGGCAUUUCUGUUGUCUGGUAUUGGUGCUGAGAAAUCUAGCGAAAGCUUGCCACAGAUCAAAAAAAAAAAAAGUUAUGACUCAGGCUCUUCAAGGCGUUGUGAAAUCAUUGGUUGACAGCCGUCCGAUUAUUAUUAACAAAACUCAUAGCAGAGUUACUAUGGCAACCGUUAGAGUAAACACAGCAACCUAUUCAUUUGUUAACCACGGGAACCGCUUUCUUUUCUUACCGUUGCAGUAGCAAACCGCUCAUGUCGACAAGUUGCAAACUAUUGUUUUUUCUCUGAUUCGAGGUAGAAAUGAUUUUUAAAAAUAUGCAAGCACUUUUUAUCAGCCCAUCUACUGUAAUCUUUCUUUUACCCGGCCAUUGGCAGUUUCGGUUCGCGGCGAGUAAAAGACGUGGUGACGAUGGACAGAAAGGGAGGAGGCAACGGGGUGACUGAGGCGACAAGAACCAAUCUUAAAAGAGAGAUUAAGAGAAUAUACGUGUGAAGGAUUACAUC